UGCUAAGGUGAUUUUUCUUUUGGACUCCUUUUGUGAUUUUCAUGAUGCCUAACUGUGUGUCCAAACCAGUAUUCUGGAAAAUACGCGAGCGCCUUUCUUUAGCCGCUACUAUUGAGGAAUUGGGAUUUCUUGUGAUGGCUUGUUCUUUCUGUAAAUGUCAUGGCAUGGGCGACCGUUGCAAAAUGAUGGAUGGUGUAAUGCGUUGCAAGGAGUGUAUGCGUCGCGGUCGUUCUUGUGACGGGACGGGUGUUCUAUUGUCAGCUUUGAAUUGCAUAACUUCCGAGCAUAAACGAUUGCGUUUGGAAGAAAAGGAGGCUGCUGAGCAGCUUGCUGAGUAUCAGCAAAAAGCCGCUGAGGCCUUGUCUCGGUUAUCGCGUAUCCGUUCUCAAUGCGAAUCUUUAGUGACUUGAGGGGCGGAGAUGGUGAAUUGCGGCCUGAAGAGUCUUGAUGAAUUAGAUGAGGCAGAGCGUGCUGAGUUAGAGGUGGUGAUUGAUGUUUAGCUUAGCGGGGGUGUUGAUGUGAUCGAUUGGAACGCUGUGCUGGCUGAUUUUGAUCCAUUAACCUUACAGACCGAAGGAACUUCUUUAUCGGCUUGUGGGAGUUAAAGUGUUCUUUUGGUUCCCAUGAGUUUUUUAAUUCUGAGUAUCCUUUCUAUUUGACAAGGUACUCUGUUUUGUUGGUCUCAGAGUUCUAGCGUAUAGCGAGUACUUCUUUAAUUUU